GAGAAGCAGUCCACACGCCACUAGUACACUCUUCUCCCUUCCUUCGGGCGGUUUUAUAUAUUCUUCCCUUAUCUUUUAUAUUACCCUCAUACCGUCAUGGCUGGGGAUGAAUUGCCUCCGGCCAAAAGGCUGAAGAGUUCCCAUCUCCCGCCACAGCUCCGGGACGCGAAGCGCAAAGACAUCGAUAAUUGGGAAACAAAUCGAAUGCUAACGUCGGGAGUUGCCCAAAGGCGAGAUUUUGACGACGAUUUCAUGCCCGAGGAUGAAGAAGGUACCCGUGUUCACCUGCUUGUCCAUGAUCUUCGACCACCUUUUCUCGACGGCCGCACCAUUUUUACGAAGCAGCUGGAGCCUGUCUCAGCUGUGCGUGAUCCCCAAAGUGACAUGGCCGUGUUUAGUCGGAAGGGCAGCAAGGUAGUAAGAGAGCGACGUCAGCAGCGCGAGCGGCAAAAGCAAGCACAAGAGGCAACAACCAUGGCUGGUACGGCAUUGGGUAAUCUGAUAGGGAUUCGGGAAGAUGAGGGUGAUAGCGCUGUCGCCGCACCAGUCGAGGAUGCCUACAAAGGCGGGAAUAAGUUUGCCCAACAUCUAAAGAAGGAUGAAGGGGGGGCGAGCGCGUUCAGCAAGAGCAAAACACUCCGCGAGCAGAGAGAAUUUCUUCCUGCAUUCGCCGUCAGAGAAGAUCUAUUACGAGUGAUCCGAGAUAACCAAGUUGUUGUUGUCAUUGGCGAAACAGGGUCUGGAAAGACAACUCAGUUGACACAGUUUCUAUACGAAGAUGGGUAUGGAAAGUUUGGUUUGAUCGGAUGCACGCAGCCGCGAAGAGUAGCUGCAAUGAGUGUCGCUAAGCGUGUGAGUGAAGAGAUGGAGGUUGAUCUGGGUGGCCUCGUCGGCUACGCUAUCCGCUUCGAGGACUGUACUACCGACCAGACAGUUAUCAAAUAUAUGACGGAUGGUGUUCUCCUACGAGAGUCGCUAGUUCAGCAAGACCUGGACAAGUACUCAUGCAUUAUCAUGGACGAGGCUCACGAACGAGCCUUGAAUACCGAUGUUUUAAUGGGUCUUCUCAAGAAAAUCCUAGCACGAAGGAGAGACCUCAAGCUAAUAGUCACAUCCGCUACUAUGAAUUCAGAACGCUUCUCCAGAUUUUUCGGGGGAGCGCCAGAAUUUGUGAUUCCUGGAAGAACAUUUCCCGUUGAUGUCCACUUCUCUCGUACACCUUGUGAAGAUUAUGUUGACAGUGCUGUUAAGCAGGUCUUAGCUAUUCAUGUCUCACAAGGUCCUGGGGAUAUUCUUGUUUUCAUGACUGGACAAGAAGACAUUGAAGCGACGUGUGAACUGGUUGAUGAGAGGUUGAAGUUGCUAAAUGAUCCACCAAAGCUCAGGAUAUUGCCCAUAUACAGUCAAAUGCCGGCAGAACAACAGGCGAAGAUAUUUGAGAGGGCACCACCAGGCGUGCGCAAGGUUGUGGUUGCAACAAAUAUUGCUGAGACCAGCUUGACUGUUGAUGGUGUCAUGUACGUUGUGGAUUCGGGAUUUUCUAAGCUGAAAGUGUAUAACCCGCGCAUGGGCAUGGACACCCUCCAAAUCACACCUAUCUCGCAAGCCAACGCCAACCAGCGCUCCGGAAGGGCAGGCCGUACAGGACCUGGCAAGGCGUAUCGGCUUUACACUGAAAUGGCCUAUAAGAACGAGUUCUAUUUGCAAACCAUUCCCGAGAUUCAGCGGACCAGCCUUUCCAACACAGUACUUCUUCUCAAAUCCCUUGGGGUGAAGGAUCUCCUAGAUUUUGAUUUUAUGGACCCUCCACCACAGGAAACCAUCACGACAUCCCUUUUUGAGCUCUGGUCUCUGGGUGCUUUGGACAAUCUAGGAAAUCUGACACUGCUGGGUCGCCGCAUGACCCCCUUCCCAAUGGACCCGCCUCUAGCCAAGCUUAUCAUCACAGCGGCAGAAGAAUACGGUUGCAGCGAGGAGAUCUUAACCAUUGUAUCCAUGUUAUCAGUACCGAACGUCUUUUAUCGUCCUAAAGAACGACAGGAGGAAUCGGAUGCGGCGCGUGAGAAAUUCUUUGUCCCGGAAUCAGACCACCUCACACUUCUCCAUGUGUACACACAGUGGAAGUCUAACGGGUACUCCGAUGCAUGGUGCAGCAGACACUUCCUCCAGGCAAAGGCUCUGCGCCGCGCAAAAGAAGUUCGCGAACAGCUUCAGGACAUCAUGACCGUGCAGAAGAUGCCGCUGAUUAGCUGCGGUACUGACUGGGAUGUCAUCCGCAAAUGCAUCUGCUCCGGUUUCUACCACCAGGCUGCUCGGGUCAAGGGAAUCGGCGAGUUUAUCAAUCUCCGUACUUCCGUGAGCAUGCAGCUCCACCCUACCAGCGCCCUGUACGGGCUUGGCUACGUUCCUGAGUACGUGGUCUACCACGAAUUAAUCUUGACAAGUAAAGAAUACAUGUCUACAGUGACAGCGGUCGACCCACAUUGGCUCGCUGAAUUAGGCGGCGUCUUCUAUUCCGUCAAAGAAAAAGGCUACUCGCAACGUGAACGCCGCGUCACAGAACAGGAAUUUAACCGCCGCAUGGAAAUUGAAGCCCAGAUGGCAGCGGACCGGGAACGUGCUGCUACCGAGGAACAAAAGGAAAAGGAACGUAACGACCCUUCAAGACGGAGGAGGGAAAUCGAAGUCGGUGGUGGUCCGCCACGUUCAUUAGCAUCAAGGUCCGUCGUGAGACGGCCCGCUGUGGCUGCUUCUAGGAGGAUGGGGGGUGUCAUGGUGUCGUCUUCUUCAUCCAAAAAUGCCAAUGCCAAUGGUAAUGGCAAAAAUAACGGCUCCUCUUCGGGAGGUAGUGUUGUUAAGAAGCCACAGGUACCUAGGAAACCCGGGCGAGUAUUCUGA